AUGACCACCGACAGCUCCCUGUCUCUGCUCUUCAGCAUAGUGGCUUUCUUGUUCGAGUGCGUCGUGCUACUCUGCAUGUCUCCCCUGAUCGGUUCCGGUCCACUCCAGGCGGUCAUGAAAACAGCUGUCCGCACCCUGCUCGGCUCUCCCGGCAAGUUCGAGUACCUUCUAGAGCUUGAAUAUGACGAUCAUAUCGGUGAUAGCCCUUCGAAUACUUGGGAGGCCUGCCAAUACCUAUGUAUUAUCGCGAUUAUGUCCCUGCCUGCGGCUGCAACUUACUUCAUCUUCAGCACCUUCAUCGGAAGGUUCUGUGAAUACCCUUCCCACAAGCCAAAGCCCUACGAUACUGCGCAGUUGCUGCCGGACACUGCGCACCAUGAGACGUGUCGCAGCGGAGACAUGUUUGGCCAUCGCCCAUCUAGUAUACAUGGCCCGGGCUUUUCACCUCUCCCUCAACCUGAGAUUCAAGCACCUCCAAUCUUCCUGGCCAAACCUUUCCCAUACAAGAACUUCGAACCCUUCUGCGGCCGCGAACGUCCUCCCAGACAACUGGGGCCUGUUUUCCCUCUACCAACCACCGAUAGAAGGACGUUCCUUGAAAAAGACAUAUAA